AUGGCCAACUUCCUCAAGCUCGCCACCAUUCUCUCCCUCAUGAUACCUUCACUAGUCCUAGCUCUGCAUUCUCAAAUGGCCUUCUCAUCAUCUGAGCUUGAAGACGACGAAGAGUAUGUGCUUGACUCUCCAAACCCUAGUUUCAGAUCCAGAAGCAGGUUCUUGGCCAGCAUCAUAAAAAAAGGUGCACAUUGUGAUCCCAUCAAGCACAACAUUUGCAAUGGGAUUUCAGCAAACAAAGGGACCAGCAUUCUCCAUUGCUGCAAGACACAUUGCAGAAAUGUUCUUGGCGAUAAGAAUAAUUGUGGGAAAUGUGGGAACAAAUGCAAGCUUGGCAUGCAUUGUUGCAAUGGGACUUGCAUCAAUACUACUUUCAAUGCCAACAAUUGUGGCAAGUGUGGUAAAAAGUGCAAGUAUGGUGUUAAAUGCGAGUAUGGAUAUUGUGGGUAUGCUUAG